UAAUUAGUUUGAUGUAGAACAGUAGUUUAAAUAUAUACUUUUUGUUAUCAAACGCGGAGGAAGAAAGAGUGAAUUAUUAGAAUAAGCGCUCACAGUCUCAGUGUAUGUUGUACUGGCCCGACAACUAGCUGCCGCAACGCGAUAGAUUAAAGAAACAAAACGUGCUCUCACACACACAAGUGAAGAUGGUCAAUGUUCUUAAAGGAGUUCUUGUUGAAUGUGAUCCCGCCAUGAAACAGUUUCUGCUGUACUUGGAUGAAACAUCAGCUCUGGGAAAGAAGUUUAUCAUUCAAGACUUGGAUGACACACACAUCUUCAUUUUAGCAGAAGUAGUUCAAAUCCUUCAGGAAAGAGUAGGGGAGUUAAUGGACCAGAACUCAUUCCCUGUCACCCAGAAAUAAAGUAACAAGAAAAAAAAAAAAAACACAA